UGAUUACAUAACAACGGAAACAACAAACCGACAAACGAACGGUGGAGAGAAACAGUGAACGCAGAAGACGGAGAAGUCAAGACAUGGCAACAACGAACUACAAGAAGAGGAUCGUUUGUCUACGCAGGAUUUGAUGUUUCUGCUUCCAACAUUCCCUAACUUCUCACCUCUCUUCCCCUUUUCCCAACCAUUAUACACCUGUUUCUCCACAAUCCUCACCAGAAAGAAUUUGAAUGUACGGGUAUGCUUUUGGUCAUCUCUAAUGGAAGCAAUUCCAACGAAAUUAUUCCAUUCUGAUUUUGCAGUAUCAUUUGAAAUCACAGGUUGGAGAUACAAAGCCAUGGUAUAUUAGUGAUAGAAUUUUGAUUUUGUUUCACAUACAGAAGUAAAAUCUUUCAUGUGCUUCCUUCGAUUCUGGAAAGCUGAACUGUGGGUAUCCUUUCACUUCCUUUGAUGCUUGUGCCUGGGAAUGGGUUACUCACUGUUCUUGUGUAGAAGAUGGAUAAGUUGUCAAAAACGAAUCAGAUGGAACCACUAGAUGAAAGAUCUGUACUUGAGUUUGAGGAUGAGAGCCUUGUUAGCCCUACUUCACUUGCAAACAGGGUUCAUUCUCUGAGUACAAUCCAGCAUGGAUCAAUUUCAGGAGGUCCGCAGGUUUGUGGUAUUAGGUAUAUGAAGGACAGAGUCUUCAGGAGCCUAAAGAUUGUAGUAUUCACAACCAAAAUCAAUUUACUUAUGCCUUUUGGACCUCUGGCAAUUAUUGUCCAUAGUUUCACUGGUCAUCAUGGUUGGGUGUUCUUUCUCAGCCUAUUGGGAAUUACUCCUUUGGCUGAACGUUUGGGUUAUGCUACAGAGCAGCUAGCAUUCUUCACUGGAGCUACUGUUGGGGGUCUUUUGAAUGCAACAUUUGGAAAUGCAACAGAAUUGAUAAUAUCAAUUUAUGCACUGAAAAAUGGAAUGAUGCGUGUGGUUCAACAGUCACUACUAGGAUCCAUUUUGUCAAACAUGUUACUGGUGCUUGGUUGUGCAUUCUUCAGCGGUGGGAUUGUUUUCUGUAAGAAGGAGCAGGUGUUUAACAAGGCAACAGCUGUAGUGAAUUCGGGGUUGCUGUUGAUGGCAGUCAUGGGCCUAAUGUUUCCAGCUGUCCUCCACUACACACACACUGAGAUACAGUUUGGAAAGUCAGAGUUAGCCCUUUCAAGGUUUAGCAGCUGUAUUAUGCUUGUGGCAUAUGCUGCUUAUCUUGUUUUUCAGCUUAAGAGUCACAAGAAUCUAUACACGCCAGUCGAUGAGGGGGGAACUUCAACUGAGGGGAGCUCUGAUGAAGAAGUUCCAGAGAUCUCUAAGUGGGAGUCAAUAAUAUGGCUUUCAAUUUUGACUGCUUGGAUAUCAAUCCUCUCUGAGUACCUAGUUGACACCAUAGAGGGUGCGUCUGCUACAUGGAAAAUUCCAAUUGCAUUUAUUAGUGUAAUCUUACUCCCUAUUGUAGGGAAUGCUGCAGAGCAUGCGAGUGCCAUUAUGUUUGCUAUGAAAGACAAGCUUGAUAUUUCCGUGGGAGUUGCAAUCGGGUCGUCCACCCAGAUAUCCAUGUUUGGGAUUCCCUUUUGUGUGGUCAUAGGAUGGAUCAUGGGCCUCCCUAUGGACUUGAACUUUCAACUUUUUGAGACGGCCACGCUUUUUAUAACAGUUUUGGUUGUAGCCUUCUUGCUGCAGGAGGGAACUUCUAACUACUUUAAAGGGCUAAUGCUCAUUCUUUGCUAUCUAAUAGUUGCAGCUAGUUUCUUUGUACAUGUAGAUCCUACUUCAGUUGGUGAGUUCAUUUUCAAGAUUAAGUAUCAAAUACCAUUUAGAUAAUUUGAAUAUUAAAUCAUUUUUAAUGUUUUCUGGAUCUUUUACCGUUACUAUUUUCGAUCUUCUCAUGAAGU